AUGUUGAGAACACGUAUAUACCAUAUCUACCUCAGAGAGGUAUGUUAUUCUCAGAUCCCCUGUCACAUUUGCAUCUUUCUUGGGGUAGUAUUUUUGUCGUACGACUCCCGGCGGUUUUGUGAUACAGCAGUUGGAGGAUUGGACGACCCCUCAACAGAAAGUUCAUCCUAUUUCCAGCCUGCUGUAGUCACAAUCUGA